AUGUGUUCGGGUGUGCAAGAUUCAAACAUUCUGGAUGUGACAUGCAUCAACUUCAAUCCCAUCUACGAUACCAGCUCCUCAGCAUCCUACGCUGCCAUCUUGAAUGGGGCUGACGUCACAAGCAUGGUGUCCUUCCAGAGGUCGGUGGACUUGGAUACGGGGGACAGGCAGUCAACCUGGUGUUCGCUGGAUGAUAAUGCAGGAGCAUGCGGGUUGCCUACAGGAUCGACGAUUGACGCAUCGGGAAGCGUUACUUUCCAAAAUACAGAUCAAGAUAAAUUUGGUGCUUACGGAUGCCGAGCGGAGAGAUACAACUGGACUACUGAGACGUCCACUAUUUUCAUCAGAAAUGACGCUCAUUUCACUCCUGAUUAUUUCACGGUGACAGUAAGUCUCGAUGAAGAGGUUCGUCUGGUAAUGAAUCCUGGAUUAUCUAGUGGAACUGGUUCACUAGUGUGGAGAUUAAAUCACGCAGAUGGAAGGCAAAGUGACCUGUCUUCUAGUGUUUAUGGGAAUGCUCUCUACAUCAGUAGGGCUAAGAAAGCAGACCAUGCUGGGAUUCACCAUUACUACUAUUCUGACGAUCCAGAUAGAGGAGGACUCGUGAAUCUUAUUGUUAGAGCAUGUGAAGCUGGUAAAUUUGGACAGGGAUGUUCAGGAUCUUGCACUAACCUUGAAUCUGGUCGGAUUGACUGCAGUGGAGCUGUGUUCUGUCUCCCGGAUCCGUAUGGAUGUUCGUGUGCUGCAGGAUUGACUGGGUUACGAUGUGACCAAGCAUGUCCUGAUGGUUCGUAUGGCGCAGGAUGCACUGAGACAUGUCACUGCGACUCUACAGGAUCAUGUGACCUUCGUACGGGGGCCUGUUCCGGUGGGUGCGAAGAUGGCUGGAUUGGAGAUCAAUGCCAAGCCUUGUUAAAACAAGGAGGUGUCUUUGAUGGCACGACUGGCGAUAAUUUCCUUGGUAUAUUCAUGAUUGGGGAUAGUAAUGUAACCGGAGAUCUUUCCUUGACGUAUUACAUCGGACGAGACGUGGACACGGGACCAGGAGAGACUGGUCACGGAGCUUACUUUAAUGUGGACGGCGGAGUGAUAACACAAGAAUGGGGAGACACAGGGCUGCCUCCAGGAACACAGUUUAUUAAAUAUGACACCAGCCGGCAGGACUCAUUCAGAGCUAAUAUUGAUAAAACGAGUGGCGGAGAUGCACGUGUCGGUGCAUACCGAAUGUCCGUCGAUUACAAGGGAUGGACCGAGCGAAAUGUCUUGCUGAACGAAUUUCGCGGUGAUUCUAAUUCAGAGGUUUGGCCUGAGAAAUUAUCAAUUACGGUAGGGAUUGCUGAGAUCGUCACUCUCGGCGUGUUGGCGACACAGUCUGGAGACACUUCAUCUUUGAGAUGGCGACACAACGGAGGAAGUGAAAUCACCAAAUGGGAUGGACUGACGUCAGUUUCCAUCUAUGACGUCAGGAAGUCAGAUGAAGGAAUCUACGAGUGCUACGUCGAUGGUAACAGAGAAACAGGAAAACAUGCUAUUCUUAAGCUAAUCGUAAGAAGUUGCCCAUCUUCCAAGUACGGUCUGGAUUGCUCACAGAACUGUCCCGUGUGUUACGCUGGUGGGGUAUGUCAUGACGUCACUGGAGAUUGUGUAUGUCGAUCAGGAUUCCAAGGAGAUAACUGUGAAAUGCCCUGCGGUGACAACAACUGGGGAAAAUCAUGUAGUGUGGUUUGCUCUAGAGGUAACCCCGGCUGCCCAAACCGGUUAUUUUCACCACCAAACCCUGUCGGGAUGGCUUGUAUCAAUGGAUUUGGAGGAAACAGGUGUCAAACAGCUUGCACCGGUGAUCAUUUUGGUGCUAGUUGUGAACUGGAUUGUAACUGUGAUGGUACGUGCGACCGUGUGAAUGGAUGUGGAGGCACAUGUUCAGACAGCUAUGAGGGUACCUACUGUCAAGCCUUGAGAUCGGACCUCUCUUGUCCAUCCGGGUAUUUUGGUACCCUUUGUAGCUAUCCAUGUCAAUGUGCUGGUGGUGUGGACUGUCAAAGGACCAAUGGUCAUUGUCCAAAUGGAGUCACGUGUGCUGAGGGAUGGGCAGGAUCAGACUGUCAACAAGCUCUUCCACGACUGCUUGAAUCAUCUUGGGUGUCUGACGUCACCAAAGAUUCGGUCAUGCUCAUUUGGAAUGCCUGGACAGAUGGUUACGACUACGGCAAUGGCCCUGUACACUCCUAUCAGAUUGACUACACAUGGACGAAAGAUAAAGACAACACUGGUGAAUCCGAAGUACCUGUAAUUAUCACUGGAGAUAGUACUGCUGAAAUCACAGGGCUUUCCGGUUUCAGAGACUACCAUUUCUACGUCAGUGUUAGAAGAGAGGUCGAGGGUCAGGUUGUAGCCGGUGUGAGGAGUGGUCCAAUCAGUGUCAAACCAUACUGUCAGGCUCCUCAACCAGUGGAUAGUGCUGACGUCACUUCUGAUUCGUACAACCACCUGGAGAUCACGUGGUCAGAGCCAUUCAGCCAAUGCGGUGCUCCGAGCUACAACGUAUCACGUAGGCUCGUCCUCAUUGACCAAUGCGACGAUUCUAUGGCGGAUACAGUAACGUGGGAGGUAACAGGCGAUACAAGCAUUGAGUAUGAAGACCUGUUUCCUUACUCUACCUACGAAUUUACUAUUCUCUCGACUCUGGAAGGCUAUGAUGCAGAAACAGGCUAUUUCAUCGCAUACAACUCAACUGAGUCAAUUUCAACUGCGCCACCUGAAGACUUCAUUGUGGAUAACACCGUGAAGGGCAAAUUGGAUUAUUCCUGGAGCAGUCCUUCAUGCGGAGACCGGAACGGAGCCUUAAGUUACGACUACGAAUUCGGUGAAACGGGAGAGGAAGAUGUGCAAAGGGAAAACCUUGUGAUGACAAGUAAAUCUUUUGAGGAUUUACAACAUUACGUGAUGUAUGAGUUUACUGUCUGUCCAAGGACAGUCGGUGGACCGGGUCCCUGCAUCUCUAUUCAGACCAGAACGCUACCAAGUGGAUAA